CACCACCCCCAUUCUCAGCUCCUCCUUCGCGGUGGUACCGCCUCUGUUUCUGCGGCGGUUGAAUAGCCGAGGUUUGCGGCUGGGAUCGCGGAACGUGAUGGCUGUCGUCCCGGCGUCUCUCUCAGGACAGGACGUGGGAUCAUUUGCAUAUCUUACAAUUAAAGACAGAACACCACAGAUCUUAACUAAGGUUAUUGAUACAUUGCAUCGACAUAAAAGUGAAUUUUUUGAGAAACAUGGAGAGGAAGGCGUGGAAGCUGAAAAGAAAGCUAUCUCUCUCCUUUCUAAAUUACGGAAUGAAUUGCAAACAGAUAAACCAUUUAUCCCCUUGGUUGAGAAAUUUGUUGAUACUGAUAUAUGGAAUCAGUACCUAGAAUAUCAACAGAGUCUUUUAAAUGAAAGUGAUGGAAAAUCAAGGUGGUUCUACUCACCGUGGUUGUUCGUAGAAUGUUACAUGUAUCGUAGAAUUCAUGAAGCAAUUAUCCAGAGUCCACCAAUCGAUUACUUUGAUGUAUUUAAAGAAUCAAAAGAGCAAAAUUUCUAUGAGUCACAGGAAUCUAUCAUUGCUUUAUGUACUCUCCUGCAACAAUUGAUAAGAACUAUUGAAGACCUAGAUGAAAAACAGCUGAAAGAUGAGUUUUUUAAACUUCUGCAGGAAACUUACAAUCAUCUUUUGGAAGUCCCAGUCACACGGGAGCAGUUAAACCACUAUCGGAAUGUGGCUCAAAAUGCUCGAAGUGAACUUGCAGCAACUUUGGUCAAAUUUGAAUGUGCUCAGUCUGAGCUUCGAGACCUCCGAUCCAAGAUGCUUUCUAAAGAAGUCUCCUGUCAAGAAUUGAAAGCUGAAAUGGAGAGCUACAAGGAAAACAAUGCCAGAAAAUCAUCUCUCCUUACCUCUUUGAGAGACAGAGUUCAGGAGCUAGAAGAAGAAUCAGCAGCACUUUCCACUUCUAAAAUCAGAACAGAAAUCACAGCUCACACUGCAAUCAAGGAGAACCAGGAAUUAAAGAAGAAAGUUGUAGAGUUAAAUGAAAAAUUACAAAAGUGUUCAAAAGAAAAUGAGGAGAAUAAGAAACAAGUUUCAAAGAAUUGCAGGAAACAUGAGGAAUUUCUGACUCAACUGCGUGACUGCUUGGAUCCAGAUGAGAGGAAUGACAAGGCAUCAGAUGAAGAUUUAAUUUUAAAGCUUAGAGAGCUGCGCAAAGAAAAUGAAUUCGUGAAAGGACAAAUUGUUAUUCUUGAAGAGGCUAUAAAUGUCCAUGAGAUGGAAGCAAAAGCUAGCAGAGAAACGAUCAUGAGGCUGGCUUCAGAAGUCAACAGAGAGCAGAAAAAAGCUGCCUCCUGUACUGAAGAGAAAGACAAGCUGAACCAGGACCUGCUCAGUGUUGUAGAAGCAAAAGAAGCUCUUGAAAGGGAAGUUAAGAUCUUCCAAGAAAGGCUGCUUGCUGGCCAGCAGGUCUGGGAUGCCUCAAAGCAGGAAGUGAGCCUCCUGAAGAAAAGCUCUUCUGAGUUGGAGAAGAGUUUGAAGGCCAGUCAGGAUGCAGUCACAGCCUCACAAAGCCAGUACUCCUCAUUUAGGGAGAAAAUCGCAGCCCUCCUUAGGGGCAGAUUGAGCAUGACUGGGUCCACUGAGGACACCAUUUUGGAGAAGAUUAGAGAAAUGGACAGCUGGGAAGAAAGCAGGGACCGGAUGGUCUCCCAGCUUGAAGCCCAAAUAUCUGAGCUUGUUGAACAGUUGGGAAAGGAGUCUGGGUUUCACCAGAAAGCUCUCCAGAGGGCCCAGAAAGCAGAGAAUAUGUUGGAGACUCUUCAGGGUCAGCUGACACACCUGGAGGCAGAGCUGGUUUCUGGAGGUGUUUUGCGAGACAACUUGAAUUUUGAGAAACAAAAAUAUCUUAAAUUUCUGGAUCAGCUUUCUCAGAAAAUGAAGUUGGACCAGAUGGCUGCCGAACUUGGCUUUGACAUGCGGCUGGACGUGGUUUUAGCUCGAACAGAGCAGCUGGUUCGUCUUGAGAGCAAUGCAGUCAUUGAGAACAAGACCAUUGCCCACAAUUUGCAGAGAAAGCUAAAGACACAGAAAGAGAGACUGGAGAGCAAAGAACUACACAUGAGCCUCCUCCGGCAGAAAAUAGCCCAGCUGGAGGAGGAGAAGCAGGCACGCACGGCCUUGGUGGUUGAGAGGGACAACGCGCAUCUUACCAUUAGGAACUUGCAGAAGAAGGUGGAGAGGCUGCAGAAAGAGCUGAACACGUGUCGAGACUUGCACACCGAGCUCAAAGCCAAACUGGCUGACACCAAUGAACUGAAGAUUAAAACUUUGGAACAGACUAAAGCCAUUGAAGAUCUAAACAAAUCCAGAGACCAGCUGGAGAAGAUGAAGGAGAAAGCUGAGAAAAAGCUCAUGUCUGUCAAGUCAGAACUGGAUACCACAGAACAUAAGGCUAAGGAGAAUAAAGAAAGGGCCAGAAACAUGAUAGAAGUGGUAACCAGUGAAAUGAAGACACUAAAAAAAUCUCUGGAAGAAGCAGAGAAGAGAGAAAAGCAGCUGGCAGACUUCAGGGAGGUGGUGUCCCAGAUGCUAGGCUUGAAGGUGACCAGCCUUGCUCUUCCUGAUUAUGAAAUCAUCAAGUGUCUUGAAAGACUGAUCCAUUCACAUCAGCAUCACUUUGUUACCUGUGCCUGCCUCACAGAUGUGACUACCAGGCAAGAGAGGCACCCACAAGGAAAUUUACAACUUCUUCAUUGA